AUGCCGCUCGCCGCCGUCGCCCAGCUCACGAGCUCCGCCAGCAUCGCCGCCAACCUCUCCGCCGCGCAGUCGCUGCUCAAGCGAGCCGCCAGCGCGGGGGCACGCGCCGUGUUCCUGCCCGAAGCAUGCGACUUCAUCGCGCCGGCCGCCGACGUGCCGGCCUUGGCGGCGUCGGCCGAGGCACGCAGCUUUGUGGCCGAGGUGGCCAAGGCGGCAAAGGAGCACGGCGUGUGGGUCUCGAUGGGCGUGCAUGAGAUGGGCGAGGAGAAACGCUGCUGGAACACCAAUGUGCUCGUGGAUGCGCAGGGAGAGGUGCGCGAGAGGUAUCGCAAGCUGCACCUCUUCGACGUGGACAUCGCCGGUGGCCUCAAGAUUCUCGAGUCGGGGACCACGAUCCCCGGCAAGCAGCUGCCAGCCGCCGUUCCCUCGCCCCUCGGACAGAUCGGCCUGCAGACAUGCUACGACGUGCGCUUCCCUGAGGCUGCGCUUGCACUGCGACGACAGGGCGCCGAAAUCCUGACGUACCCCUCGGCAUUCACUGUGCGGACGGGCGCUGCGCACUGGGAGCUGCUGCUGCGAGCCCGAGCCGUUGACACGCAGUGCUGGGUGCUUGCCGCUGCACAAGUUGGCGCUCAUCCUGGUUCCAAGCGUGUAUCGUACGGCCAUGCCAUGAUCGUUGAUCCGUGGGGCAGCGUGGUAGCUCAAUGUCCCGACACACAGCCGUACGAGCCGACCUUCUGCGUGGCCGACAUCGACCUCACACAUCUCAGCAAGCUGCGCGCCGAGAUGCCGCUGUGGGAACAGCGGCGAACAGAUGUGUAUGCCGAGUUGUAG